GCAUUAUCAGUACUCGUCAUUUUCAUCGGUAAAUCGCAUGCACAAACAAACAAAAAGGCUCUAUGAAACCGUACAGAUUGCCAACAUGUGCGCAAGUGCUCACUUUUUCCUUUUUAAACAACAUCUCUUUGUUCAUGUACAUGCCAUACAUAAACUCUCAUUGUAAACAUAGGCGCAGUUUUGUUAUAUCAUCGAAUAAUUGUCAAAGGACAGCGGUUCUUCGAUAAGGCGGGUGUGCGGGGGUGUCUGCGUCCCAAGCCUAUUGAAGUGAUGUUGCUGUUUCUUACCAUAUACAAUAUACUCCGAUUGGUGAGCUCUGCCAUUCUCGUGUCCGAUGCUGCCGCUGGCAACCUGAUGGCUCGACAGUGGUUCUUUGAGUUUGCUUGGCCUUUUGGAUUUGGCGCUUUUGCCCUGUAUUUGAUUGGCAUUGCACAGACGUUGGCCGACAGUCACAAGGCAAUCUCGACGGGCUGGCUUCCGUCCCCAUUGAUUGUAGAUAUUGUUGGCUCGAGCAUCUUCUUAGCACCUAUUAUAAUUAAUGAACCUACUUCUGUAAUCACGGGCUAUCUGUCGACCUAUAAUGUUCGUGCAGCAGAUAUUCUUGUGCGAGUACAUUACAGUGUUUGGGCCGUCCAUUGCGUUGCUCUGACAACAACAGUCAUGUACUCAGGCAUGCGACUUGUCCGGAUCCUUAAUACACAUCUUGAAAAAAUCAAUCCUGGCGGCCCUCGUUAUGAUGGCAUUAAAACUGGUAUUGUCAAGAUACGUGCGGUUAUGCUGUGUAUCGCGAUCUGUCUCAGCACGUUUGCAGCUAUGAUGGUGUUGUACAGUAUCUUACGUGACAAGAUUAUGACAAGCACUGUAGGCAACAUGGCAUUAUCCGGUGUUUGGAUGCUGCUUGGUCCUGUUACUACGUUUUUUGUCGAAUGUGCGGUGGCUUUUACUCCCAAAAGCGCAAACAUAUUCAAAUUCGGAAGCAAAUCAACGUCUUCCAACGAAAAAUCGGCCAAUAUUUAUGAAACAGAGUACACUUCGACUUUUGCAAAUAAUGAGGUCGGUACAUUAAGUCGUAACGCUUUUGAUGAUUUGAAGCAACAGCAAUUGCAACAUCAACAACAACAAAAGCAGAAUAUCUAUGACACACACAAAAGUACAGCAGCAGUUAAGAUAUUAAACGGUGGCGACGAGAUCGACCUUGGACGCUCAUAUUCCACGGGUAACACUAGAAGCAACAACAUCGCUGAAGUCUCGCUUGUGGCACUAGCACAAGAGCAUCACAAGCAAACGAAACAGCAGCAGUAUACAAAACAGCAACAGAUCCAUAGCAUCCAACACAGCGGGAGCACAAGUGCCCAAACCAGUGUAACGGAUGAAGAUAUCGUUCGUAGUCAUGGAUAUUCUUCUAAUAUUAGUUUAAUUGCUAACGGCCAUCCCUAAUAACUACCGAUUCCACCAUCUUGAUAACAAAGGUUGCUGCAAUCAAUAGCACAUCACACGGGUAUCACCUCUAUAUUAUCAUCAUCGUCUUAUUCAUCAUCUUUAGAAAUCUCGCCUAUCUUUCUUUAUUUUUUACCCCACUUUACAACGCACACACACGCACACAUAGUUAUACACACACACACACACACAUACAUACACACAUACACAGCAACGGAAAUAGUCUCAACCUAUUAUUAGGAA